AUGGAAUUAUAUAAACAAGGAGCAGAAUCAAAAAUAUUCACUACAACAUUCUCAGAUCGAAAAGCCAUUGUUAAAGAAAGAUUUUCAAGACAAUAUAGAAAUGAAUUGUUGGAUUUAAAUAUACGAAAAGAACGUACUAAAGCUGAAGCGAAAGCUAUUUUAAAAUGUAAACAGGGUGGGAUUGCGACUCCUGUUAUUUAUUCUUUGGAUUUAAAUAACUACAAAAUAAUAAUGGAACAUAUAAAUGGUCAAACAGUCAAUGACUAUCUAUCUAAUAUUAAAGAUAAACUAGAUGAUAAUGGCGAGUUGUCAAAAUUACUCACAAAUAUUGGAGCUAUCGUAGGAAAAAUGCAUUCUCUUGGAGUAUUUCAUGGCGAUCUAACAACUUCUAACAUCAUACGAAAAGAGGAUGAUACAUUGGUAUUAAUUGAUUUUGGCCUUAGCCAUUUUAAUCCAAGUGUUGAAGACAAGGCUGUGGAUUUAUAUGUUUUAGAAAGAGCAUUUGUCAGUACUCAUUCUUAUUUUUCACAGUUAUUUCCAGUAAUUUUAGAUGGUUAUAAAAACGCUUACGAGUUAGAUUUUCAAGCUGUUUUUAAUCAAUUUCAAAAUGUUCGAAGUCGAGGUCGUAAACGACUAAUGGUUGGCUAG